AGCAAAUAUUUUUGCCACGUUGACAAAAAUUUGUUCCCGCUAGCAAAAUUGUAUAAUAUAUUUGUUGAAUAAUAUCAAAAUAUUGGAUUUUAAAAUUUGUAGAAAUAUAAAAGACUGUUUUGAUUUUUUCACACGUUGAAUUUUGCAGACGUCAAGAAAAUUACAUAAUAUAACUGUUGUAUAAUAUUAAAUGAAAAUUUUGUUUUUUCACUUAUAAAAGAAUGUUUUGAUUUAUUUUCCAUCGCAUUUAACAUAUAGACAAUUUAAAUUGUUAAUAUUUUGGAUAAAGAAGUUAAAAGUAAAACUGAAAAAAUAGAAGAUUAAAUGACUUCGCGUUGAGAGAAGAAAUUUUAUAAAACUUUUAAGUUUCAUUUGUAACAAAAAAUGAAUAAGAAUUGAAAAUAUAUUAAUUAACCCUAACCCUAGCGUAUAUUGUAAAAACUAUUAUUAUUAUUUAUUAAAACAAUCCAUACUCAAACAUUAAUUAAACCUUAUCCAUCUACCACUCUUAUCCCAACCAUAUAUCACGGAAUUAAUUACCCCUAAUUCAUUCCCUAAUUAGACUAUUGUUUUUAUUUCUCAUCCGGGUAUUUAAUUCCUCAAAAUAUUUGCAAAAUGUCACCCAUCAACACCAUGUUUAUAUUCAUCAUCAUUUGUUUCACAAUGUCAGCUGUUUCAUGCUCGCAUGAAUUGAGAGAUGUAUGCACAGUGGAGGGGGAUACUCUCCAUUGCAGAUGGACUGGAGCAGGGCUCUACAACACCAGAAUCCGACUAGAUGUAAAGAAAGUCGUAUUCGAAAGAUUUUUUGUUGCCGGACAAUUGGACCUUGCAAAUAAUAGAGACCUGCAUUCAAUUGAGAUCAAACAAGGAAAUUCUAAAUGCAGCAAUGUUUUAGCAGCACCAGAAACAAUAACAAUUGUUAAUGGUAUACAUUGUGAUAAUGGAGUCAUAGCUUCUACAACAACAACAGCAGCAACAAGAGUAACACCAGGAUCCACAUUGUCAAUCGGCACCACUGAUAAACAACUGGUAAGCAUUUAUCUGAUAUUUUUUUAAUUAAAACGUCCUGCAAAAAGAAGAGAACUGCAAAAACCAAUUUCCGCCAACACCAAUUCUCCUUCAAUGUCGAUGCAGAUUCACUAUCCGAAAUAGAAAUUGCAGAUUUUGUUAAUACACCAAAAAAAACUGUUUAAGUUAAUAUCUAUCUCUGUAUUUACUACUUUUUAAUUUGUAGAAUAUAUCCUCAUCGCAAUUUAUGAAAGGCUUCAAGAAAUUAUAAAUUAUUUUUUUCCACCACGUGAAAAUAACAGACGAGUAGCCCCAGCACAACAACAACCACCAAGAAUAUUGAGAAGAUCAAACAGGAUAUCUAUUCGGCCACAGAGACUAACCUAUGAUUAAUUUUCUAAACUUUUAAAUUUUAUGAAAUUUUUUAAAUUUUUUUUCUAAAUUUUAUAUUUUUUUUAUUUUUUUUUUUCUAAAUUUUAUAAUCUUUUUUCUAAAUUUUAUAAACUUAUUUAUACACUGUUAUCUAAAUUUUAAUAAUCACUGAUGAGGAUGUAUUCUACAAAUCUACUUAUAUUAUGAAAAAUUAUAUCACCAAAACUUUUCAAUUUUCUUUCAUUUGAUUUAUUUGGAUUAGUUACACUUUAUUUUAAUUAAAGAAAAGAUUUUGAUUAUACUCGCAUUU